CAUCCAACGUCUAAUAUUUUCUGGGAGCAUUCUCUCCUCUCGCCGCCCGUCGCCACAUAGGCAGCACCACAGCGGCUAAGGCUUAGCAGCGGCUCGGUCUCGUGCGGCCAGCGCAACUGCGGCAAGAACCCUACCGCCUUGGGUUGGCUUGGCUUGGCCCUCCCCGUCCAGCUUCGACGGAAGGUACUAACAAUUGUAAUCUAGCUGCACUUCAUCACAAAUUCAAUGGCAGAUCGCUGGCUGGAGCUGCCCAAUCUGGCCCUGCAAGUGGUGGGGAUCUUACCGGAGGUCCAGAGGCCUAGCAGCAUGGUCCCUCGCUGCCAGAAGGUGGCUUACACGGCCGUUUCCCUCCUCAUCUACCUUGUCGGCAGCCAACUGCCUGUGUAUGGAUAUGGAGUCCGUUCUCCAUCGGUUGCUGACUCUACUGGGUUGACAUGCCCGACUGCAACUCCGUCAUGUCUGCUGGGAUCAUGCCCCUCGUUCUGUCUGAGGCGGUGCUUCAUUUCCUGCUGUGGUGUAAGGUUCUUAGAGCAAACAAUCCUGAGGACCGGAUGCUCCUGAGUCGGGUGCAGAAGUUGGUUGGGAUAAUUUUUGCCGCUGAUUUCUCAGUCUGCAGGGUGCUAAUUUCACCUAUCUUGGGCAAACUGACCUUAGGGCAGUCAAUUCUGAUCGUGCUUCAGCAUUUCUUUGGAAGUGUCAUCGUCAUUUAUCUUGAUGAUCUCCUUAAAAAGGGAUAUGGGUUUCUUUCGAGUAUCCCCUUGUUCAGUGCCACCGACAUUUGUACAAGUAUUUUCUGGAAAGCUUUUAGCCCCUGUAUCAUAAAGCUAUACGGUGGGCAGCAUGGUGAUCAACAUGGGGAAGCUCUCACUUCCUCCCUUAUUCAUCGAUUCGUUGGUAAUGGAAACUACAAAUUGUCUUCGAUGCAUAAGGUGUACGGAUGUCGAGACCUCCCGGAGAUGGCUAGUGUGCUUUCCACGUGCGCCUUCUUUCUACUCGUCCUCAGCCUGCAAGGCUUCCAUGCCACGUUGCCACUGAGAUCCAGUGAGGUGCCUAGUAUGCAAAUGAACUAUGCCAUCAAGCUUUCCUACCUGUCCUUUGCACCCCUACUCUUCCAGGAUGUAAUGGCCAUAUUCCUAUACAUCAUCUCAGAGUUGCUGUACGUAAAGUUUGGUGAAAAGAACAAGGUGGUCAUUUUGCUGGGCAAAUGGAAGAAAUCCAGAUAUUUUGGGCAAGCAGUCCAGUCAGUGGCUUAGCCUACUACGUUACUACACCACCAACCUUGGCUGAAGUAGGAAGACACCCAUUCCUCACACUGGUUUAUGCGCUGUGGCAGCUUCUGGGGUGUGGCCUUACGUCAUUUUCCCUUUUCAGUGUUUGUUCACAUUCAGAGCUGUACGUUGGCAGGUUGCUUGGGGAGCGACGAAAUGUAACAGUCGCCCAGCCGGACUCUGUUCCUCUGCAGCUAUGGAGGUGCUAUGUAGGCAAGGCAGCGUUUCUUGUAGGACUCUGCAUUGGUGCACUUACGCUUCUGGCAGGCCUUGCUGGCGUGGUCGGCUCUGGCACCGGGAUCAUGUUCGCCCUCACUGUCUUGUACUCGUGCUUGGAAGAGACCAGUUAUAGAGGAGGGCCAGCUGGUGCCUUUGGUUUCUAAGAGUAUGAUAGGAUCCACGAACGCCUCAGUUUCAGUCUGGUGUUGUUUGAGUUAGUGUUGUUAUAGUGUUAUAUAACGUUACUGGUCUUCCCUCUCACGAUUAUCACAGAUAGACUAGAGAUACUAGAAUGCCCGUGAGUUGCUACGGGCUUUU